GCUCCCCGCCGCCGCCGCCGCCGCGCUGCAGGACUGGCUAUGGCCACCACUACUUCCGGGUUCCGUCACUUCAUUCUCCCGCCGAUCAGCGCCGCAAAACUGAGCCUCUUCUAUAAGGCAGCCGGCAGCCAACCUGCCAACACUUACUGACACUCACUCAUCCCAGGGAGUGAGGGAGAGAGGGAGACAAAAUACCUGCCGGGAGGAAAAAAAAAAAAAAAAAAGGAGAGAGGGGGAAGUCCGGGCUUUGCAAACUAUUCAAUUUUUCUUCGCAUCUUUCCCCACCCCCCUUCACAAGUACUUUGAAAAAAACAAAACAAAACCAAAACCAACAACCCUAUAAGCGAUCCUAAAGGCAAAACCCGAGCACGGAGUUACUGGAAGAAGAAACCGGGGUUAAAAAGAUUCCUCCUCUCUUCUUCAUCAUCAUCAACCAUCAUUCAUUCACUACCUUGACAUUCCCUGGCUUUGAUUGACAGCUGGAGUGGCAAAAAGCCAUGAGACACGACAGUUUGGUUACAUGUGGGUUGCUGACGGGCCGAUCGUAACCUUCAGUUUGGGGGCUUGACAAUUUUUUUUUUUUUUUUUUUUUUUUUUUUUUUUUUGCGUAGAGAAAGAAAAAAGGAAAAAGAGAGACAGAAAAAGGAAAGAGAAAGAGACAGAAAAAAAGAAGAAAACACAGAAACUCAUCGUGGUUCUUGACUGUUUUUUAUAUAUUGUUGUUGUUAUUGUUGUUGUUAUUACUAUUAUUUACCCAUAUUGGAGGAUAGGAGAAGUCUAUAAGUGGGUUGCAAAAAAAAAAAAAAAAAAGGAAUCUUCUUCACUCUAAAUCACUUUCUUUGCUGGACUGGGAUAUUAAAUAUACGACACAUCCAGGAGUUUAUUGGAGCGCAGACUGAUGGCGCAAAGGUACGAUGAGCUGCCCCACUACGGCGGGAUGGACGGAGUAGGGGUGCCGGCGUCCAUGUACGGGGACCCCCACGCCCCCCGGCCGAUCCCCCCGGUGCACCACCUCAACCAUGGGCCGCCGCUCCACGCCGGACAGCACUACGGCGCCCACGCCCCGCACCCCAAUGUCAUGCCGGCCAGCAUGGGCUCCGCUGUCAACGACGCCCUGAAACGGGACAAGGAUGCGAUCUACGGGCACCCGUUGUUCCCCCUCUUAGCUCUGGUCUUUGAGAAGUGCGAGCUGGCGACCUGCACGCCCCGGGAGCCCGGCGUGGCCGGCGGGGACGUCUGCUCCUCCGACUCCUUCAACGAGGACAUCGCCGUCUUCGCUAAACAGGUCCGCGCCGAAAAGCCACUUUUUUCUUCAAAUCCAGAGUUGGACAAUUUGAUGAUCCAAGCAAUACAAGUACUAAGGUUUCAUCUUCUGGAAUUAGAAAAGGUUCAUGAAUUGUGUGAUAAUUUCUGCCAUCGGUACAUUAGUUGUUUGAAAGGAAAAAUGCCAAUAGACCUCGUUAUUGAUGAAAGGGAUGGCAGCUCCAAAUCAGACCAUGAAGAACUCUCAGGAUCUUCCACAAAUUUAGCCGAUCAUAAUCCUUCAUCUUGGAGAGACCACGAUGAUGCAACCUCAACGCACUCGGCAGGCACACCAGGGCCCUCCAGCGGGGGCCACGCUUCCCAGAGCGGAGACAACAGCAGCGAGCAAGGUGAUGGUUUAGACAACAGUGUAGCCUCACCUGGUACAGGAGACGAUGAUGACCCAGACAAGGACAAAAAGCGUCAGAAGAAAAGAGGCAUUUUCCCCAAAGUAGCAACAAAUAUCAUGAGAGCGUGGCUUUUCCAGCAUCUCACACAUCCAUAUCCUUCAGAGGAGCAGAAGAAACAGUUAGCCCAAGACACGGGACUUACAAUUCUACAAGUAAACAACUGGUUUAUUAAUGCCAGAAGAAGAAUAGUACAGCCUAUGAUUGACCAGUCAAAUCGAGCAGGUUUUCUUCUUGAUCCUUCAGUGAGCCAAGGAGCAGCAUAUAGUCCAGAGGGUCAGCCGAUGGGAAGCUUUGUGUUGGAUGGUCAGCAGCACAUGGGAAUCCGGCCUGCAGGUUUGCAAGGCAUGCCAGGGGACUACGUAUCUCAGGGUGGUCCUAUGGGUAUGAGUAUGGCACAGCCAAGUUACACUCCUCCCCAGAUGACCCCACACCCAACUCAAUUAAGACAUGGACACCCAAUCCAUUCAUAUUUGCCAAGUCACCCCCACCACCCAGCCAUGAUGAUGCACGGAGGACCCCCUACCCACCCUGGAAUGACCAUGUCAGCACAGAGCCCCACAAUGUUAAAUUCUGUAGACCCCACUGUUGGUGGACAGGUUAUGGACAUUCAUGCCCAAUAGAAUAAGGGAACUCAAGGGAAAAACAAAACAAAAACAAACAGAAACUAUUUUAAGACUUUUGAACUUUGACCAGAUGUUGACACUUAAUACGAAAUUCCAGACAGCUGUGAUUAUUUUUUACUUUUUGUCAUUUUUCAUCAACAACAGAGGACCAAUGAAACAAGAACACAAAUGUGAAAUCAUGGGCUCACUGAAAUGAAUAUGUCCAUGUACAGAUCCUCUGGAAAAAAAAAAAAGACUCCAAGAGUUAUAACUACUGUAGUAUAAACAUAGGAACUAAGUUAACUUGUACAUUUCUGUUGAUCACUCCGUUACGUUGCCUCAAAUAGUUUUAGAAGAAAAAAAAUCCUUGUUUUCCACACUAUGUGUGUUGUUCCCAAAAGAAUGACUGUUUUGGUUCAGCAGUGAAGUCACUAUCCAUGAAAGACCUGUUUUGGCCAGUGAGAAAAGAACUACCCUGGAGAUGAAGAUGAAAAGUCUUGCUGGGUCUCUCAUCACUCAGAAGACUGUUCCAAGAAGGCCUUGCCAUUCCCUCAUUUUGUUCCUUCAUAAAAUGUGUCCUUUAGUUUCAAACAGAUCUUUAUAGUUUGUGCUUCAUUAAGUCUCUCCCCAUUCCUCCCAAUCUAUUUUUUUUUUUUUUGGACUCUUCUUCAAAGAGCUUGCAGGUGAAGAUUUAAAAGACAGAACAGACAGAGCAGAAGCUUCUUCCAGUAGUUCUGAGCCUUGGCUUUGGACAAAACAAAACUAAAAGUUGGGCAGCUUUCCUCAAUGAAAGAAGUUACUAACGGUCUUUGCACCAAACCUAGGACUUUAUCAUGAACUCAAAGCUUGGGAAAAAAAAGCAAGAGAAUACUGUAACAAACUUCGUACAGAGUUCGGUCUAUUAAUUGUUUCAUGUUAGAUAUUCUAUGUGUUUACCUCAAUUGAAAAAAAAAAAGAAUGUUUUUGCUAGUAUCAGAUCUGCUGUGGAAUUGGUAUUGUAUGUCCAUGAAUUCUUCCUUUCUCAGCACGUGUUCCUCACUAGAAGAAAAUGCUGUUACCUUUAAGCUUUGUCAAAAUUUACAUUAAAAUACUUGUAUGAGGACUGUGACGUUAUGUUUUAAAAAGGAAAAAAAAGGUGUUAAGUCACAAAAUGCGGUAAUAAAUAUUUCAUUUUUGAUUUUU